UUCCAGAUUCACACCAUAAAAGGGAGGCGGUCUACGGGCUCGUCACUCCCCAACUGUUAGAUCUGUGCUAGCGAAGACUGUAAAAGCUCGAGAUCAAUCAAGGGUUCGCUUUAAGAGAAAAACAAGAGUUUCAAAUGAGCCGUGCAAUGGAAGAAGAUGUGGCCAAGAAUGAGGAUGAGGAGUUCAACACUGGACCGCUGUCCGUUCUCAUGAUGAGUGUAAAAAAUAACACUCAGGUUCUCAUUAACUGCCGCAACAACAAAAAACUUUUGGGUCGAGUGAGAGCUUUUGAUCGCCACUGCAACAUGGUUCUGGAGAAUGUUAGAGAGAUGUGGACUGAGGUACCAAAGACUGGCAAAGGAAAGAAGAAGGCCCAACCAGUUAAUAAAGACAGGUUCAUCAGUAAGAUGUUCCUGAGAGGAGACUCGGUUAUCAUUGUUCUUAGGAAUCCCAAGUGAAAAGGGUAGUUUUAAUGCUUUGUACAAAUUUUCAGUAGUGUAACUUGCAUUUCUUUUGGUGAAACAGCAGUAUAUUGUAACGCAGAGUUUGGUUAUGUACGAGUCUUAAGUUGCCUACCAAGACAACCUGAUUUAAAUGAUACUUGCAAAAGAAAUUAAAUUGAAAGCUAGAGUUAGAAUCAA